AUGCAUGCAUUGGGUCUGUGUCUUCCCGAUCAAAAGUCUGUGCUUCUCCAGAUACGAACUCAAAUCACUUACAAUUCUUCGGCAUCCACCAAGUUGGUGCUGUGGGAUGAAGGAGCUGACUGCUGCCGAUGGCCAGGUCUGAGUUGCAAUGCUGCUACUGGAUAUAUUACUACUCUUGACCUCAGCGACGAUGAGUCAAUCACGGGUGGCUUCAAUGUUUCUCUCUUGUAUAAACUGCCAUCACUUUCUGUUAUUAGGCUUGAUUGGGUCAACUUCUCUGCUCCAUUUCCAGACUUCUUCACGGAUUUCACCAAUCUCACUGUUUUGAGCCUUUCGUAUUGCAACUUCAGUGGAACAGUCCCUCACAAACUAUUCCAGGUACCAACUCUGCAAACCAUUGACUUAACUUACAAUUUCAUGCUUGGGGGUUCUUUGCCAGACUUCCCGGAAAAUGGAUCUCUCAAGAGCCUCACACUUUGGCGGACAAUGUUUUCUGGGAAUUUACCCGAGUCCAUAGGAAACCUCAGACUGCUGUCCCAUAUUGACCUUAAAGAUUGCCAUUUUAGUGGACCAAUCCCUGCUUCUAUUAUAAAGCUUAGCAAACUUGUUGAGCUGAGCUUGUCCUUCAAUUCAUUUUCAGGACCCAUUCCAGCAUCACUAUUUUUCCUGCCAUCACUUCAAACCUUAUCUCUGAGUUGGAACAAACUUUCUGGUCAUAUAACUGAAUUACGAAAUGUGACUUCUCCACUUAGAUAUCUUGAUUUGAGUAGAAACAACUUAGAAGGGACAAUACCUUUGUUCUUCUUUCACCUUCAAAGCCUUACAUCACUAGAUCUUUCAUCAAACAAUUUUUUUGGUCAACCGAUUGAUUUGCAAAAUGUGACUUCUCCACUUGGAUAUCUUGAUUUGAGUAGAAACAACUUAGAAGGGACAAUACCUUUGUUCUUCUUUCACCUUCAAAGCCUUACAUCACUAGAUCUUUCAUCAAACAAUUUUUUUGGUCAACCGAUUGAUUUGCAAAAUGUGACUUCUCCACUUGGAUAUCUUGAUUUGAGUAGAAACAACGUGACUUCUCCACUUGGAUAUCUUGAUUUGAGUAGAAACAACUUAGAAGGGACAAUACGAUAUCUUGAUUUGAGUAGAAACAACUUAGAAGGGACAAUACCUUUGUUCUUCUUUCACCUUCAAAGCCUUACAUCACUAGAUCUUUCAUCAAACAAUUUUUUUGGUCAACCGAUUGAUUUGCAAAAUGUGACUUCUCCACUUGGAUAUCUUGAUUUGAGUAGAAACAACGUGACUUCUCCACUUGGAUAUCUUGAUUUGAGUAGAAACAACUUAGAAGGGACAAUACCUUUGUUCUUCUUUCACCUUCAAAGCCUUACAUCACUAGCUCUUUCAUCAAACAAAUUUUUUGGUCAAAUGAUUGAUUUGCAAAAUGUGACUUCUCCACUUGAAUAUCUUUAUUUGACGGACAACAACUUGGACGGGACAAUACCUUUGUUAUUCUUUCACCUUCAAAAUCUUACAUCACUAGAUCUUUCAUCAAACAAAUUUUUUGGUCAAAUGAUUGAUUUGCAAAAUGUGACUUCUCCAUUGCAAAUUCUUGAUUUGAGUGGAAACAACUUAGAAGGGACAAUACCUUUGUUAUUCUUUCACCUUCAAAGUAUUACAUCACUAGAUCUUUCAUCAAACAAAUUUUUUGGUCAAAUGAUUGAUUUGCAAAAUGUGACUUCUCCAUUGCAAAUUCUUGAUUUGAGUGGAAACAACUUAGAAGGGACAAUACCUUUGUUAUUCUUUCACCUUCAAAGUAUUACAUCACUAGAUCUUUCAUCAAACAAAUUUUUUGGUCAAAUGAUUGAUUUGCAAAAUGUGACUUCUCCAUUGCAAAUUCUUGAUUUGAGUGGAAACAACUUAGAAGGGACAAUACCUUUGUUAUUCUUUCACCUUCAAAGUCUUACAUCACUAGAUCUUUCAUCAAACAAAUUUUUUGGUCAAAUGAUUGAUUUGCAAAAUGUGACUUCUCCACUUGAAUAUCUUUAUUUGACGGACAACAACUUGGACGGGACAAUACCUUCAUUCCUAUUUCAACUUCAGAAUCUUACGGUGCUCGACCUUUCAUCAAACAAAUUUAAGGAUAUUGUACAUCUAACAAAUUUUAGAAGCCAGUAUAUUGAAACUCUUGACUUUUCCAAUAACAAUUUGGUAAUUGAGACAACCAUAAGCACAUCAGAACUUCCCUUACUCCCUCAGUUUAUAUACUUAAUUUUGGCCUCCUGCAAUUUGCAAAAAAUUCCUGAUUUUUUGAAAAGCCAAUCUAAAUUGUCGUGGUUAGAUCUUUCCAACAACACUAUUAGUGGAGAAAUUCCUAACUGGAUAUGGGGAAUUGGUAAUGGGCAACUCUAUUACCUCAAUCUUUCUCACAACAGUUUGACGCAUAUGAAAGAGCCAAUGGAAUACGGUUCUCUUACUUUCCUUGAUCUAAAUUCUAAUAUGCUAAGUGGACAGAUUCCACGACCACCACCUGAGGCACAGUACUUAGACUUCUCCAACAACAAAUUUUCCGUGAUUUCUCUUGAUCAAAUCCCAUAUCUCCUUUCGUUCUUUUCCAUUGCAAAAAAUAGAGUAAGUGGAAAGAUCUCAACUUCCUGGUGUCGAGCAGCCAAUCUGGAAGUGCUUGACUUGUCCCACAAUGCUUUGCAUGGCACAAUACCAUCAUGUUUGGUUCAAAAUAACAGCAUUCUCGCUGUAGUGAAUCUUAGAGGAAAUCAUUUAAGUGGUGAGAUAUCACUGAAGUUUCAACAGAGUUGUUCUUUAGAGACAUUGGAUCUUAGUCAAAAUCUCUUAGAAGGGAAAGUUCCUCCCUCCUUGAUCAACUGCACAGAGCUUAAGAUCUUAAAUCUUGGAAACAACAAAAUAAGUGAUACCUUUCCUUGUUGGCUCAAUAAAUUGUCAAAUCUGCACAUUCUUGUAUUGCAUUCCAAUCAUUUUCAUGGAAGCAUUUCUUGUCCCAUGCUUGGGGUAAACAACAGCUGGCCAAGUUUACAAGUCAUUGACCUAUCUUCCAAUAAUUUCAGUGGACAUAUACCAACUGAUUUAUUCUUGGCAUUAAAAGCUAUUUUGGUUGAGAGGAAUGAAUUAAACUCAAAGCCUGACUACUUGUACUUCACAUCUCAAGUAGGUGGGAUUUACUAUCAAGAUUCAGUCAUUCUGUCUCUGAAAGGCCAAACUUACACUAUAGAGAAGGUUCUAUCUAUCUUCACUUCUAUUGAUUUUUCAAGUAAUCAAUUUGAAGGCAGUAUACCAGAGAGUGUUGGAGAGCUUAAACAGCUUUAUCUCCUCAACAUCUCCCACAAUGCCCUAACUGGCAAUAUUCCUCCAUCUCUUCAAAACUUGAAAGCUUUGGAAGCUUUGGACCUCUCAUUCAACAACCUUGCUGGAAAUAUCCCGGUGCAACUAGAGAUCCUAACCUUCCUGGAAGUCUUAAACUUGUCAUACAACCAUCUCGUUGGAAUGAUUCCAAGAAGCACUCAAUUGGAUACCUUUGAUGCAAGCUCAUUCAUGGGAAACAAGGGGCUAUGUGGAUUCCAAAUUAAUGUAUCUUGCACUGGCAUUGAUGAACCAGCAUCUCCAAUACCAGAAUCAGAAGAGAAAGAAUCAACGCACCACGUUGAUAUCUACAUUAGCGUUGCAUUUGGAUUUGUUGCAGGUCUAGGAGGAAUCUUUGUGCCACUUUUGCUAUCCAGCAAAUGGAGAUCAUAUUAUAACAAGAUGAUAGAUGGAAUUCUGUUAAAGAUAUUCUUUCAGAGAGGUCAAGGGAGAAGAAAGAAGUCUCGUUAG